AUGUUGACGUUGUGCUCAGAGAUCAAAAUUCGACUGUUUGGUGAGGAAUCUGAGAUUACAUUGCCACCCUCCCAUAGGCUAAAAGAAAAUAUUAAAAGGUCAUUUGGCUCAAAACUUGGGUUUUGGUGUCCGAAGUCCGGCAGCGAAUAUAUUUAUAAUAAUAGCGUAGAAAAGGGGCAACUGAUCGAAUUAGCUGUUAAAGCGAAACUAGAGAAAAGUAGAUGGGAAGAACGCACGUUAGAGGAGAAAACAGCGGAAGUUGCUCGGGAAAUUCGGAAAGAAUUACUGGAGACUCCGAAUACAUAUAGCAGUUGGCCACCGUCAGAAAACGAGCUGUUGUCCAAGGAAACGUCGAUUCCAAAUUUUACAACGUGUUUAUUGAAAUCCAUCCUAACUAAAAAGCCCUCAAAAUCGGCAAAAGUAUCACGUUUGAUUUCCUCAAUUGGUCAAGAUCUCAUUUAUCAUGCUAACAAUGGUCAAAAGAAAACAUCGAAACACGCGACUUUCUCCUUCUCGAUUAAAAGAAAGACCGGUUCGAAGGCUGUCAUCAAUUGGACGAACAAGUUUGGUCACGGAGUCUCGCAUGACGAUGUUCUAAUACUGGAGACGCAUUUGGCGUUAGAACAUUCGAAGGAUCAAGUUCAUCGAUCAUUUACUCCAGCUAUUAUUCAACCAUCUCGCUUUGUUACCUUCGUAUGGGAUAACAAUGAUAUUAACCCUGAGAGUCUAAAAGGACUUAGUUUGCAUUGCACCAACGGUAUUGUUAUACAGUCCUCAAGAGUAGCAUUAAAUGAACCCGAGCCUUUCUCUACCAUUGUCUCAGCGAUGAGCACUGGAAAGAAAAAACCAAAAAAAUUCAAUGCAUUGCCACUUGAAAUGCCAUCCUAUGUUCAGAUAAAGAGAAAAAAUACAGAAAGCACAACCGAAGUUCAACUUGAUAUGUACCAAGAAGAAGUACAACAUUCCCAUGUGGUAGAUACAACGUGGAUCAUCGCCAAAAGCCAAGCAAGAAAGAGGAACAUUGAACAGAAUAUUCUGAACUGGACGGGCUUCAAUUAUUUGCUGUGCGAAGGUGAUAGCGAUGUUAUGACAAAAUUGAAUACCUCCCAUCCAUUAGCAAAUCUCCAACUUCCCACGACACUGUAUUGGAGCUUCUGA